CGAAGAAGACUGCUAACAAAAUACACAAAAUAAAACCACAUAAUUCCCUGAGUGUGCCUUGUUUGGUCCGGCAUAAUGUACCGUUAGCAACGUGCCUUUUGUGUUAACAUUGAAACCCUAGAUUGCGGGCAUUAGAGUCGACUGACCAUACAGAUUUCUUGUCCUCACCGCCGCUCCAGGCAGGCUGAAGUAAUCCUAACCACAAGGGUAACCGUGAUAGCGGUCUCUUCACUCGUAAGGCGAGAAAUGCUGCAGUAAUACAGAGGAUGAGUACAACAAAGAAAAUACACAUGCCUGCAGUUGCGAUUGCAGCUGUCAUUGGCAAAAAAAAGAAGAAUUUGGAUUAUAUCGAGGAAAUGACAAAUAUCCGACCAUCCAUUGACAGUGAUCAGGACUGUGUUAUUCUUGAAGGCAGUGCAGAAGAUGUCCAGAAAGCAGAACAUAUAAUAAAGGAUAUGAUAGAACCAGAAACUGUUGAGCUUAAAGAAAGUCAGAUUGGUAUGGUCAUUGGAAAAGGUGGUAAACGAAUAAAUUCAAUAGGCCAAGAAACCGGAGCAAAGAUCUAUGUCAAAGACUAUAAGGCGCACAUAAUGGGCACCAAGAACCAAAAGAGCAAAGCAAAGUAUCGUAUUCUCAGACUUCUUGCUGAACCUGUGGUCUCUAAACGGACUGGUGUUUACAUUUCAAAAGACCUUGUUGGGCGUGUUUUUGGGAAAAGUGAAGAAAUAAAGAAAAGAAUUAGUGAACAAACAAACACAUUUAUAUCUUACAAUCUUGAGGAAGAAAUGCUUUAUAUAUGUGGCGAGACAGUUUUACAAGAACACAAUGCUCGAUGUCGAAUUAAACAAGCAGUGCUUCCGUAUAAUAAUGUUAAAUGUAGCGCUAUUGAAGGGAGUGAAAAUAGCAUGUUUAAGCUGGUGUUUGUGGAACCACCAUAUCCCACGUGGAGUGGAGAGUUCUUCGAAGUAUCACUGGUUGAUGGUCAGCAAUGCGGACCAUCAAACGUGGUUGGUUACAAGGACCUUGUACUUAAGAAACUCCAGCACUUAGACCCUGAAAAGGAUGCUUUCGAAAUCGACCUGUGGUCACAUAUUGGUCAUGCGUACAUAAAAGGCAUCGAUGAAGGGGAUGAUUUACAAUACUACACCUUGAAUGAACUGCAGUCACAUUUACAUCAAGAUUAUACAUGGUUACCACUCCAAGGUGGAAGAAGUUCAACAACUAACAGUACCUGGAGGGUGGAUUUUGCAGGAGGACUCACCGAGAGACAGGUCGCGCAGCUCAUGCGGACAUUUCAGGACCCAACAUGUCGUGGACCUUCCAACAUCCGAUAUGACUUCUCCUUUUUCUCACCAUUAAGUCACAAGUAUGGCUGUAGACGGAUCAGAAUAACGGCAUUCAUCAAAGAAGGAGAAGAUGAAGAGUUUCCAAUACAGAUGAAGGGGGUACUCAGACACGAAAUACUCAACGACAAUUUACACAUCUACCUUUGCGUACCAUCAACUUCGGUACUUAAACUGACCAUAAUUAUGCCAUCACGACAGUUUGAUUGCCGGCUGAACCUCAGAAAAAGUCCAAAAAACCUCCACCUAACACUAAAAGAGCAGGAGGAGGAGACCAUGUUGAUGGACUACCUGAGGAAGGCACUGGUUAUCUGCGAGACAGGACAACUACAGUCUGUACAGUUAAAACAAGAUGUCCCUCUUCCAGACGACUUCGAUCUAGAUUAUUUUAGUCGAUCUGAACGCUUUAACUGCCAUUACCCUAUCGGUGAAGAACGGUUUACGAUGAUGUUCUCUAGAGAAAAGGCAGUGCAUUUGCCCAAUUCAAAAAAGGACGAAUGCCGUGAAAUGAUUGACCUACACCUACACUGUGAUGAUUGGGAUAGGAGGCUUGCGAAGGGAGACUGGGACCCAGAUCAAAUAAUCAAGAAGCUCGAUAGUUAUGUGGAAUUUGUCAGAUACGUGCAAAGCAACAUCACCAUGGAAACAGAAGAGGAACAAGCUUAUCCAACAUCACUCUAAACGCAGAAGAAGGGUUAGCCCAACCAACAUCACCAUGGGCUCAGAAGAAGAGUUAGCCUGACCAACAUCACCAUGGGCUCAGAAAAAGAGUUAGCCUGACCAACAUCAACUUUGACACAGAAAAAGAAUUAGCCUGACCAACAUCACCAUGGACCCAGAAGAAGAGUUAGCCUGACCAACAUGGACCCAGAAGAAGAGUUAGCCUGACCAACAUCACCAUGGACCCAGAAGAAGGGUUAGCCUGACCAACAUCACCUUUGACACAGAAAAAGAAUUAGCCUGACCAACAUCACCAUGGACCCAGAAGAAGAGUUAGCCUGACCAACAUGGACCCAGAAGAAGAGUUAGCCUGACCAACAUCACCAUGGACCCAGAAGAAGAGUUAGCUUGACCAACAUCACCAUGGACCCAGAAGAAAAGCUAGCCUGACCAACAUCACCAAUAUACCGUUUUAAUGUUCGCAUAAAACUUACAUUCUGAAUAGAUGUAUAACAAUUCAGAUAGAAGCACCUUAAUUCAGAUAAAUAUAAUGAUUUCUGAUAUAACAUAUUAGAUUUCCAUCUUGCCUGAGGGCAAACGAUUUUAUUUUAUUUCACAAUAUGACCAAAUCCCGGAGAUGGUCUGCAUGGUGACACUUCGUCAGAUAAUGUGAAACCUGGUGUGUAGGGGAAUGUCAAGGGAGAGACUUUUAUUGAUGAUGAGCCCUUUCUAAUAGAAAGUUUGCCUUGUAAUACUUGGAGUAUUAAAUAUAGAUCGACGAAA